AUGUUGCAAAUUCGCCUGACGUGGUAUGCCUUCCCUCGCCAGUCUCUGAGCAACUCCCACGAGCGGUCGUCAGACUCGGAGCAGAGGCGUAUAGUGAACUGCUCGCCGUCAUCGAUUUGCUUGCCGAACUACAAACAGUUUGACCAAAAGUCUCUCUGCUCUCCUCACAGCGAUGUUCGAAACGAGGAAAUUAUCGGUGGUAAUCCCGACCGAUUUACGCUUGUCUUCGCGCAACUCGAAGUGCAGCUGGUGUCCGCUGGCAGCUUGCUUUGA